GAUUUAUACAGUAACAGUAUCUCUAUCCCACAGUACACUUGUUAUGAUAGGCAAUGGCAUCAUUUGUUAAUACUCCAUGGCUCACAGUCACAAUACAAAGAUGUAAUUAAGUUAAAAAGAAAGUAAUGGAAGGGUUUUCCCCUAGGCACCACCCAACCACUAGCCGUAUAGUUUUGUCUGCUUCACACUACACUACUUUUCUUUUUCUUCUGCAUGCUGCUCGUUGCUCUUUUUCACCCUUGUAGCGCAACAUUCUCUGCUCCUUCCCCUCCUCUCUCUUCUCAACAUACUCCCUAUUUAUUACCCUUUCAAAUCACAACAUCACAUCACAUUUUUCUCUUCUUCUUCUUCUUCAUCUCCAUUCCAAAUUCCCAAAAUGCCCUCUUCUUUCCAACUCUUCUUAACAUUCUUCUUCUCCAUCCUUCUCCUCUCUCACCAACAGCCUCCAUUGAACCCACAUGAGCAAGAAUCUCUCUACAAAGUCCUUCACUCCAUCAACCCCACCAUUCCAUGGCGCACUCUCUUCCCUUCUCACGACUUCUGCAUUUCCCCACCACACGGCAUUCUCUGCGACUACGACGACUCCCAAAACGACACCGUUUCGUUUUCACACCUCCUUCAGCUCAGCUUCGGCUACGUCUCCGAUGAAUCUUCAAACCCACCUUGUUCCGAUAACGCCACCCUCAACUCUCUUCUCUUCACUUCAUUUCCAUUCCUUCAAAAACUCUUCUUUUACAACUGCUUCAACGCUUCAUCACUCGUUAUUUCCACUCCACAAACGCUUCCUUUCUCUUUCGCUUUCUCUUCAACUCUUCAAGAACUCGUUUUCAUCGAUAACCCUUCUCUUGUUAUGCCUAUCGCCGAUAUUCUUCUCCAAAACUUCACCAGCCUCAGAAGGCUUGUUCUGGUUAACAAUGGCUUCCACGGUGAACUUCCAGAAACCGUUGGCUCUUUUGUUAACUUGGAAGAGGUUACUUUAUCGGGUAACAACCUAAGCGGCGAGGUUCCAACAAGCUUGGGAACGCUGGAGAAGCUCAAGGUUCUUGAUCUCAGCCACAACGACUUCCAUGGUUGCGUACCCGAGAGUUUCGGUGAUGGAAAAUUCAUGGAGAUGGUGAAACUUGACCUGAGCCAUAAUGGAUUUGGUUGUAGGGUCCCAGAGAGUCUUGGGCACUUGCAAAGUUUGGAGCUUUUGGACCUAAGCUUCAACAAAUUCGGAAACUUUGGGGUCCCUUUGUUUUUGGGAAAGGUUCCAACUUUGAAGGAGGUGUACCUGAGUGGGAAUAAUCUUGGAGGGGUGAUUCCGGAAAUAUGGGAAAAUCUUGGGGGUAUUAGAGGAAUUGGGUUUUCUAUGAUGGGCCUUGUUGGGGAGAUACCUGCAUCAAUGGGGGUUUAUCUGAAGAAUCUGACAUACCUAGGGCUUGAUAACAACAUGCUUGUGGGGCCCGUACCUGAGGAGUUUGGGCUUUUGGAUUGUGCAGAUGAGAUCAACUUGGAGAACAACAACUUGAGUGGUAAGGUUCCAGCUUCAAUUAGAGUUGUUGGGGAGAAGCUUAAGCUGAAAGGGAACACACAACUUUGUGUUGAUGAUAGGUUGAUGAGAUGUGAUAAUGGUGAAAGGUGUGGCUUGUUGAGUCAAAUGAAGCUAUGCAACAAAGCUGAUAAUGAUAUUCUUGAUGCUGCUGCUUUCCUUUUGAGUAGUGCUUGUGGGGUUUCUUCUUUUGAUCCUCUUGUCUUGUUCUUUUCUCUAUUGGGGUUUGUUUUUUGUUUGUAUUUGUAGGAAUGUGACACUUCAUCAUCAUGGUUAUACAUACUGAGAAUAGGCCUAACUUGUAACUUCAAAGUCUCUAACAACAUUGGAGCAGC